UGAAACGUGCACACCCACGUUGCUUGACCCCCAAAAAGCAAACGAUCAUCAUCACGCUCUCUGAGCACCACUUACUCGUCUAUUGCGAAGCACGCUGGUGUAGACAGCUUACCUCCUUAGUUAGCGCUGUGUGUGGUGUGUGAGACCAGUUUCACAGCAAGCUAGCUAAAAAAUCCGUCCUCGUUAAUUGCCGGCGCAGACUUCAGUGUUGCAAGGUGCCUUCUCAGUGAUACGAGAACUGCUACAUCAUGACAAGAAGAUCCUGUGCAGUGUACGCGACCGGGAUUGUCUGCGCUCACCUGCUAAUAGUUGGCAUCGCCUUGAUUGUGGCUCAGGUCUUCCCAACUUUGAUUCAAAACCGUUUAAAAAAGGAGAUAACUUUGACGGAAGGAAGCCGGGUGUUUAAGACAUGGAAAUCCCCUCCUGCUAAGAUAUACAUGCAGUACUUCUUCUUCAAUGUCACCAACCCAGAGGUGUUUCUCUCUGGUGGCCUGGCUACCGUCAAGGAAGUUGGGCCAUACACUUUCAGGGAAUACAGGCCGAGAGAGAAUGUGACCUUCGUGGACAAUGGGACAAAGGUCUCUGCCCACACUGCCAAGAGUUUUGUAUUUCUGCCUGAGCAGUCAGUGGGCGACCCUGAGGUCGACCUUGUGACGACCAUCAACAUCCCCGCCCUGGCGGUGAUGAACAAAAUGAGUGGAAACUUCUUCAUGAGCACCAUGGUGUCGAUGUGGAUGAAUUCCAAAGGUUCUGGAAUAUUCAUGACCCGCUCUGUAGACGAGAUACUGUGGGGCUACAAAGACCCACUUCUCACUUCUGUGCACUCCAUGAAGCCUGAAGUUGAAGAGUACUUUGGCUUAAUGUAUAAGAAAAAUGGAACCAGUAGUGGUGAAUUUGUCUUCCACACAGGAGAGGAGAACUACAUGGACUUUGGCAAAAUACACACCUGGAAAGGCCAAAGGGAGACGACGUGGUGGACGUCCAAAGAGAGCAACAUGAUCAACGGCACUGACGGCGGCGGGUUCCACCCUUUCGUGUCCAAAGACGAGCAGCUCUAUGUCUUCACCGCAGACCUCUGCAGGUCCAUCUACGUGACGUUUGUGAAGGAGGUCGAGAUCAAGGGAAUCCCCGCCUACCGCUUCGCUCCCCCAAGAGACGUUCUGGCCAGUCACGAGGAGAACCCUGCCAACGAGGGGUUCUGCGUUCCCGCCGGCAACUGCCUGGGCACGGGCGUGCUGCAGGUCAAGGAGUGCCGAAAAGGCGCGCCCAUUGUGGUCUCCUUCCCCCACUUCUACCACGGAGCCGAGGAGUACAUAAACGGCGUGGAAGGACUGUCGCCAAACCAAGAGCACCACGAGACAUUCCUUGACAUUAAUCCGACCCUUGGGAUCCCUAUCCGAGCAUCCAAGAGGGCCCAGAUAAACGUUCAUCUGAAAAGAAUCUCUGGGUUCCCCGUAACCAGGAAAUUUAAACCGACUGUCUUUCCAGUUUUGUUUGUAAAUGAGUCGGUGGUGAUUGACGAUGAAUCGGCAGCGAAGAUGAGAACGAUGCUCUUAAUGGUGAUGCUGGUGUCCAACUUCCCCCUCCUCAUCGUCGGCUUGGGCACCAUCCUCCUGAUCAUCUUCAUCAUCCUCAUCGUCAGGUCCCGACAGAAGAAGACCACUGCAGUGGAAGACACGGACUACAAGCAGGUCAGUGACAAGCCGGACGAGGACUUGUCAGACCCGCAGAAGAACGGCUCGUUCAUCGCCAUGUCCCCCAUGGAGGGGGAGAAGUGCUGAACGCACGGAGGACCUGGGGGGGUGCAGGCAGGGCGCAGCUCCAAUAAACCUAUUGUCCAUCAA